AUGACAUAUCAACAAAAUAUUGAAAAUUUAUUAUUGGCACAUUUCAUUAAAUCAAGCCAUGUUUUUUCUGACGAUGAACCUAAAGAUUCUGAAGAACAAUUUGAAGUCCAGUCCUGUUCAAAGUUGAUUGAUUGGGAUGGUCGAUCGAACAAAACGAUCAACGUUAUUG